AGAGUUGGCGACGAGAUCUCAAGCGGAAGUAAAUAGUCAGCUCGGCACGUUAGCUAGCGAGGAACGUCAAUAAAGUGACAAUUUCAACGCGCAUUUGUUCGCCUUUUAAAUCAUUCUUUUUUAAUUCCAAUUGACCGUCAAGCUGCUAUAAAGGCUUGACUCGCAGGUGCGCCGGAGACGUGGCUCUGGAGCGAUUAAAGCGGCAGAGCUCGAUAGCACGUUUGAGGCCUGCAACCUGCGCUUAGCCAGACUAGUUGCCGCUAACUUGCAGCUAAACCAUAACUUAUCUAACUCUUAACUUACUCCGUUUAAUGUCUGACAUUCUUACAGGCCUGCUUCCUUUCAUUCUCCCAGGCCUGCUUCCUUUCUUUCUCCCAGGCCUGCGCAUAUAGUAGCCCCUCCAGGUAGCAUAUAGUAGUCCCACCAGGUAGCAUAUAGUAUAGUCCCUCCAGGUGGCGUCGACUCUGGCCGUGGUGCGUCCAAAAGUUUCAGCUUGAUCUAAAAUGAUCAUUGAAAAUCUGGAUGCUUUGAAAACAUGGCUGUCCCAAACACUGGAGCCCAUCUGCGAAGCAGACCCUUCAGCCCUGGCCAAGUAUGUUGUUGCCCUGGUGAAGAAAGACAAGACUGAGAAUGAACUCAAAGCCUUGUGUAUUGACCAGUUGGACGUCUUUCUUCAGAAAGAAACCCAGCAAUUUGUGGACAAGCUGUUUGAAGCUGUCAACAACAAGAGCUAUCUGCCUGCCACCGAACAAACUCCCGCUGUGGUGAAGCCGAUAGACAAAGAUGAGCAGAAAAACGAUGAGACAAACCGAGAAGAGGAACGUGACAAAAAGUUUCCUCGACGUGUGAAUAACAGCCCUCCACUAUCAAGUUCCCGCUACAGCAGAGAUGGCAGGAGAGCAGACGACCGUAAGAGGGACGACCGUACCAGAAAGAGGGAAUAUGACCGCAUCCCACCGAGGAGGGAUUCCUACCGGGAUCGCUACAAUCGGAGAAGGGGCCGCAGUCGUAGUUACAGUCGUAGCCGAAGCCGGAGUUGGAGCAAGGAUCGUACUCGAGACCGGGAGCGUGACCGGGAUAGAGAGAGGGAUAGGGACCGUGACCGAGACCGAAGCAUGAGUCCCACUCACAGCAGAACCCGCUCUCGAAGUAGAGAACGAGAUUCCGGGAAGUCCAAGUACGAUCAAGACCAAGCGGACAGGUUGGAAGGCGUCAACGUCUACACGCCGACCGUUCUGGUUUCCGCGGCAACCACCUCGCAUUUCCCAGUGCCGACUCUGAGCAGCACCAUCACGGUCAUAGCUCCCACGCAUCAUCACAAUAACAACACAACCGAGAGCUGGUCAGCGUUCCACCCGGAUCGGCCGGUGGAUCACGGUCCCUUCAGGGGGCCCCCUCCUCAGCAGCGAAAACGCUGCCGUGAUUAUGACGAAAAAGGCUUCUGCAUGAGAGGGGACAUGUGCCCCUUUGACCAUGGAAGUGACCCAGUCGUAGUGGAGGAUGUCAGUCUGCCCAAUAUGCUGCCCUUCCAACCUCCACCUAUGCCUGGUGUGGACCCCCAACCGCCCCCAGGUCUUCCACCUCCACCUCUCAUGAACCCGCCACCUGUGAAUUUGGGGCCUCCUGUACCCCCACCAGGCGCCCUCCCACCAAGCCUGCCGCCGGUCGCCGGACCACCUCCUCCUCUUCCACCACUUCAACCAUCAGGAAUGGAUGCACCCCCCAAUUCCAUUACUAGUGCUGUUCCCACCAUUGUCACUUCUGGAAUGCGCUCUUCGGUGCCUCCAAUGUCAGCACCACUUUUCCCCUCAGACACCUAUGAGACUGACGUGUAUAAUCCUGAGGCUCCCAGCAUCACCAUCAGCUCCAGGCCAAUGUACCGCCAUCGUGUCAAUGCCCAGAGGCCCAACCUGAUUGGUCUCACAAUGGGGGAUGUGGACCAGCCACAGAGAGACAAGGUCCCAAACAACAGUAUGAGGAUAGUGAUGGACUCUGGCCUAAGAAAGAGACCAGUUGGUCCACAUGAUGGAGGCAUUUUGCACAAUAAACCUUGGUUUGACAAGCCUAACUAUAACAAGCCCAACCACCUGGGCUACUACAGGAGAGGCCCGUUCAAUUCCCCCAACACAAAGCUGCUGGUUCGGCAAAUUCCUCCCGAGCUCAACAACAUCAGCAAGCUCAAUGAUCAUUUCAGCAAGUUUGGAACCAUCGUCAACCUUCAGGUGGCGUACCAGAACGACCCAGAAGGUGCGCUGAUCCAGUUUGCAUCCCCAGAUGAGGCCAAGCGGGCCAUACAAAGCACAGAGGCUGUCCUCAACAACCGCUUUAUUCGGGUCCAUUGGUUUCGUGAGAACGGAGGUGAUGGUCACGGCCAGUCUUACCCACAGCAGGUGCAGCCCCAGCCAGUCACACAGCCCUCAGCGACAUUGUUGAAACAGUCCGUCAAAGAUCGCCUUGGGCCUCUUCUCACUGCAAACUCUGAGCCUUCCCAGGACUCCAACGUAGCCGCCCAGAAUUCUGCCAAAGCAUCAGUGAAGGAGCGUUUGGGUUUCUCCACCAAACCUGCUUCUCCGGUCGAGAAGGUGUUUUCUACCUCUGCGGGCCUUUCCAAGACCGUAUACAAUCUUGCAGCCGUGAAAGCUGUCCAGAAAACCACACAGGAUGCCCUGAAGAAGAAGCAGGAGGCCCUAAGGUUACAGCAAGAUGUAAGGAAGAAGAAGCAGGAAAUACUGGAGAAGCACAUUGAAACACAGAAGCUCCUCAUCUCCAAACUGGAGAAGAACAAAGCGAUGAAAGCCGAGGAUAAAGCCAAGAUCAUGCAAACCUUGGGCACCCUGACCAAGAGCAUCACCAAGCUCCAAGAAGAGAUAAAAGGCAUCUCGAGCAGCCGCAACCUUCUGCAUGCAGCCAAGAGCAAGGCCCAAGCUCAGAAAGAACUGCUUGAUGCAGAGCUGGACCUCCACAAGAAGACUCAAGCUGGGGAGGACACCGCUUUGUUGAAGCUCAAGUAUACCCAGCUGCAAAUCGAGGCGGCUAAAAGGGGACUCCUGGCACCAGGCCGGGGCCGGGGCCGGGGCCGAGGGGCGCCAGCUCGAGGCCGCGGCGCUCUAAGGGCCCGGGGACGGGGGAGCAGGGGGCGGGGACGAGGCGUCUCACUGCACGCGGUCGUGGACCAUCGACCACGAGCUCUUCAGAUCUCUGGUUUCACUGAGCACGAGCGAGUAGAUCUGCUGCCACACUUUGCUCAAUUUGGAGAAAUCGAGGACUGCCAUAUCGAUGACAACAGCCUGUCAGCAAUCAUCACCUACAGGACGAGAGCCGAGGCAGAGCAGGCAGCCCUUCAUGGCCCCAAGUUGAACUCCCACAAUUUACACCUGGCCUGGCACAAACCUGCCAUCACGCUGAGUGCUGCGGAUGCUAACGAGGCCGAAGCAGAGGAGGAUGAGUAUCCUGAAGAAUCCCUGAGUGACGACGCCUUGCUGCAGGACGACGACGAGGAGGAGGACGACAACGAGCCUCGCUCCUGGCGCAGAUGAACAUCUCCUGCAGUUUUAUUUAUUCCACUGCCUGUUCAUUCAUCCACAGCCAAGAAACUUUGAUUUUAAUAUCUUUUCCACAGGCAACCUUUUUUUUUUUUUAUGCUCUUAAUGUCGAUUUUUUUUUUUUUUUUCCCCCCCCGGGAUCAUUUUGGAUCAUAGAAGUGGUAGUUUGUCUGUUUGUUACCUUUGACCUCGAGUUUUUUUGUGGAGUAGUACUACAGUAUUGAUCAUAUGUAAAUAUUUUAUGUCUGCUUUGAAAUAAUUUGUACGAAAGCUUAGUUUCUCAGUUAUUUGGCUUCAACUUUGAAUUGUAAAAAAAAAAAAAAAAAAAAAACCCAAAAAAUAAAGAAUUGAAAUGGUCAGGAGACACUGCCAGGAAAAGGGUGGAAAAGAGAGAAAAAAGCAUGGCAGUGAAAAGAUUCACCCUUUAAAAAGUUGCAAAUGACCAUUUCAAAAAAACAAAAAAAACCUU